GAGAGAGAGCAUACUUUACUGUUACUUUUCAAACAUCCACUUACAUUCAAUCCAUUUCUCUGAUGAGCUAAGAGUGCCCAGUGAUGAUUGAACUGAAUAUACGUCCUGCUCCUUUAAGGCGACCUCAUAGGUACUGUUGAGAAAUAUGACUUAACUGUAGGAGGGUGGUGCUUAAACCAACAGUGACAGUGACUGGCCAUGUGAACACAACCACAGGACUCCCGAUGAACGGGAAGCUGAGAUCACCAGGAUCAAAAGAGAAUCCUCACCGCUUCUGUCUGCUCGAAACUCCUCUGACUGGAGUUUAAUUUUUUGUGAUAUUCAGAUGUUCAUAAGUGUUUGGACAGCCCCAAGGAGACAGUCUCCACCGAGUGACAGAAUAGUUCUUAACUAAAUAAGUAAACGUUUUAGUCAAAUAAGAAUGAAUAGUUAUUUAGUUGUGUAAACAAUGUCAGCGGUUUUCUAAUCUACACCGCAGACUCAGUUGGAUUACUGUGCUGAGUCCCCACAGAGCUGCGCUGUCCAGGACAACCACACGCGCCAGCGGCAUCUUCCUCGCAGCUUUACGCAGUUACCGGAGGAAAGCAGGAGUCAUCGCCUCACUUUGGUGAAUUACUCACUCUUUCUUCUACUGCUGGUGAAAAAACAAGCCGGUGUGACCAUGCUACAGAAUGAAAAUGAAAAGGACAACCCACUGCAGGCGCCAAAGGCUGAACCUGAGCCGGACUCCCCAGAUGAUGACCAGAAGAAGCAGCCGCCCGCUCUCCCAGCGGCGGAGGGAGAGGACGCGGAUGGCGGGUCCGUUCACUUUCCCUUGCCCAUUCAUCCCAAACUGGACAUAAAGCGUCACGCAGUGACGGACGAUUAUAAGAUCUCCACACAGGUCCUGGGCUUAGGGAUCAAUGGCAAAGUCCUCCAAUGCUUCAACAAAAAGACAGGAGAGAAGUGCGCGCUGAAGAUUCUCUAUGACAGUCCCAAAGCCAGACGAGAAGUGGAGCUCCACUGGACAGUAUCAGGAGGACCGUAUAUUGUUCGAAUCCUCAGUCUGUAUGAAAACAUGCAUCAUGGGAAGAAGUGCCUGCUCAUCAUUAUGGAGUGCAUGGAAGGCGGAGAGCUGUUUAACAGAAUCCAGGCCAGAGGAGACCAGGCCUUCACUGAGAAAGAGGCUUCUGAGAUCAUGAGGGACAUCGGCACGGCCAUCGACUUUCUCCACAGUAUAAACAUCGCACACAGAGACAUCAAGCCAGAGAACCUGCUGUACACAAAUAAAGAAAGGAACGGGGUCCUCAAAUUAACUGACUUUGGCUUUGCUAAGGAGACAACGCUUCACAACCCUUUACAAACCCCCUGUUAUACACCCUACUAUGUGGCUCCUGAGGUUUUGGGUCCGGAGAAAUAUGACAAGUCAUGUGACAUGUGGUCUCUGGGCGUCAUCAUGUACAUCCUGUUGUGUGGUUUCCCUCCAUUUUACUCCAACACAGGCCAGGCCAUCUCUCCGGGGAUGAAGAGGAGGAUCAGGAUGGGCCAGUAUGAAUUCCCAAACCCGGAGUGGGCUGAGGUGUCACAGGAAGCUAGAGACCUAAUCCAUCAGCUGCUGAAGACAGACCCUAACGAGAGAAUGACCAUCACUCAAUUUAUGAACCAUCCUUGGAUUAAUCAGUCCAUGGUGGUUCCUCCCACUCCGCUCCACACCACCCGGGUUCUGACUGAGGACAGAGAAAUGUGGGAGGAUGUGAAGGAAGAGAUGACCAGUGCUUUGGCAACCAUGCGCGUAGACUACGACCAGGUGAAAAUCAAAGAUCUUGACACUUCCAGCAACCCACUGCUCAACAAAAGACGCAAGAAGGCUGCUGGAGGGGGCAAGAGUGGAUCCACGGUGUGUCAAAGUCAGUGAGACACACAGGACUGUUUGGGAAAUCUGGGCAGAACUGCCAAAGAUUUAUAAAAGCAGCUCAGAAGGAAGAGGAGAGAAGCAUUAGAGACCAGCACGGGACUCUUGAUGGACUGAAUGCUAAGGAAAUGUUCUUUGAAAUAAAGGGACAAUAGUCAGAGCUGGACAUUUGUGCGAUAUGAUAGCAUCUGUUUCUCCUGUCAGUGUGUAAAUCAACAAGCUCUGAUGAGUGUGAGUUUCUAUUUUUAAUUAUGUUUCAUUUAUGUAAGUCAUUUUUGGAUCUUGCCAAUUUGUAAGAGUGUCUGUGGGCAGACAUGAUGUUUUUGUAGUGAUCAUGGUUGUGUAUUUGAAUGCUGGGUUGCCUACUUUAGGACGCCUGUGUAACUAUGCAGUAGUGCACGAAACCUCUGCAUAGACAGACAAUCCAACUGUGGUCAGACUGUGAAACUAGAACCCUCACUUUUACCUGUGUUGUCUUAAUGUUUUCUGUCUUUUGCUGCCUUCUUUUUAGGGAUUCCAGCAAAGUCUGAUACUGACUGUCUUGUCAAUAAAAUGUAACCAACACUCGCAAGGGAGUGUUUAACAUCGAAGCAACAAUAAAAAGGCUCACACGUACUUUUAAGUGGUAAAUUUCACUUAGUGUCAUGCUGCAGAUCAUCGCUUUGUGCUCUUGAGAAAGCUGUUGGAGGAAGAGCCCAGUCUGCUUCCUGUCAGAGUGAGGACACAUCUUCUUUGUGGAGUGGUGGAGUGAUUGUUAGAUUUACUACAUGGAUGACUUGUGACACUUGGAAACAGCUUUCUGCGUGGAUAAGUGUGCGUAUGUGUGGGUUUAUGGAGGUGAAGUAAAAGGCUUCCUAUAAAUAAGGGCCUGAGUUUCACUUCAUGUUCAAACAUAAGCAAAACAUCACAACCUGCAAUAAUGAACACUUCAUAUGUAAGCCACCUCUAAACCAUGUGCAUUUGUCUAUAUGGUUGUAAAUAAAAGUUUUUAAAGUAA